AUGAUAUAAAAGAGAGAGUUAGUCAGUCAGAUUAUGCAUUUUAAGUUUUAAUUUUGUAUAAGUACCGAGAUUAUUGGUAAAAAUUUUAAUUAGGUACUCUAAUUGUACAUAAGGACAAGAAUAUGAGAUAGAAAGGGAUGACCACCUGAUAAAAGAUUAUUUUUCUUCAUUUGUGAAAAGAGUGUUGUGA